GUGGGAGGCGUCGCCGCCGGCCGGACGCAUCGGGCCGACACCCGUUGCGCCACGCAACAGAUAGCGCCGAGCAGCACGCUGUCCCCGCAGCAGCAGCAGCUGUAUCCUCGUGCAAGCGGCGCUGGCUUCGGUUGCGGCGGCGUCUGGCCGUGCUUGGCUCGGCUCACUCAGUCGACCUCCGAAAGCAGCACGCGGGAGCCUCGUCUCGUCGUCGCUUCUCGGCCUUGGUGGAAUAGCACUCUUCCGGGAGCCAUGCGUUCCGCGGUCUCCGUCGGGGAACCGCGCCUCGCAGCAGCUGCCCGCUUCCGGUGUCCUGUCGUCCUUUUGCUCCUUCUUCUAUCCCACCGCAUCUCUCCGAGUGCCGCACAAGAUGAGUCACUCAAUGUGUGCCAUCUCGUGGACCAACCCAUGUACUGCCGCUGCGACACAGGCACCGAAGGCGAGCGGGCCACUGACGUGACGUGUUUUGUGGGAAGGCCGCUCACAGCCGAGCACGUCGUCUUCAAAGCGCUCGAGAGACAGACUGCGCUCAAAUCCCUCUCCUUCACAAAUUUUGGCAAGGAGUACAAGCUGAAUUUUGUUCCUUCCAAGACCCUGCGGCACACCACCCUCCUGGAGAAGCUCAAGUUUGCGCAAGCCGAGUUGGGAGCCCUGAAGUCGCACUCCUUCUACAAGCUAUCCAACCUCGUUGACCUUUCGAUUGACUCAAAUAACGUCACGGACCUUGAAAAAGAAUCGAUCGCCAACUUGCCGCGUCUUAAGAAGCUGGACCUUGCUGGCAACAGGCUCAAGAUUCUACCGGCCCUUGCGCUCAUCCAGCUUCCUUUGCUCGAAACUCUCUUGCUGGAGCGAAACCAGAUCGAAACGAUCGGGGACCUAGCUUUCGCCGACCUCGCCUCUUUGGCUGAGCUGGAUCUGAGCGACAACCAGAUUGAAGCGCUGACGGAACAGACGUUCAAGGGCCUUGGCCGAUUGGUGCGUCUGGACAUGUUUCGCAAUAAGCUGAGGAGGCUGGACGCUCGGGUGUUUAGCGGGAUGCCCAGGCUUGAAGAUCUCGACCUCAAGUUCAACGACAUCUCCGAGGUGGACCCCUUGGCCUUCGACGGCGUGUCCAACCUGAGGACUAUCUACUUGUCGAAUAACCGCCUCAGAAUCCUUCCUGCCAAUAUGUUCCUGGGUGCGCCCGAUCUGGUUACUGUGGACCUGGCUUUGAACGAGCUGAUCACGUUGACGUGGCGAACCAUUGAAGACUUGAGAAGUAUCGAUGAAGAGUCGUUCGACAUGAGCCUUACUGGAAAUAAGUUCAGCUGCGACUGCCGCAUAGCCUGGAUGCUGCACCUGGAGAACGUGACGCGAAGUGACAAGUUCCGUCGGGAGCUCCGACACGUCAAGUGUGACUUCAGGACUCCCGGCAGUACGAACAGCAGCAAGGUGGCUCGUCUCACCAUCAAGCAGCUGGGCUGUGCCGCAGACUACGACAUACCGCGCGUUCACAAGGAGCAUCUGGAACUGACGACAACCACUGAGCCGCCUUCUUUGGAGGACCACGACGAAGUAGUACACACUCACGACGAGGAUAACGUCAUUCACAAGGCAUCGUCCGAGCAUCCCCCCAAAAGUGUUGAAGAUGAGGACAUGGAAGAGGACAUGCAUCCAGUGAAGAAUGACAUCGACGUUCUUGUGAGUGAUAAGAAGACAGUGCAGAAAGGGCCAGCGCCUUCUCCGAAGCCAAGCGGCAACUCUGGGACAAUAGUGUUUCGCGGCCUCGUGUUGCAAUUCGCGUGCGUAGCGGUGCUCUUGAACAGGGCGCUGGUGAAGUCAUGGUAGAUGGUUCCGUAAAAACCAACCUGCAAACAUUUGCUCAUUUGUGUGGUGUCCGUGGAUGUGCCUUAAUUGAAGACAAUGGACAGCUGGAUUCUGGAAAAUAAUUUAACCUAUUGGCGAGUCAUUUGGGGAUACUAUAUAUAUAUAUUCGAAUUCAUAAAAGGAUGAAACAUCGAGGACGGGGACGGAAACAGGACUUCUUUCAUUGAACAACAACAUAGACAGGUACAAAAUAUAAAACCUCCCCGAAAGAUUUCAACGUUCUUGAAGAAGGAAAGUCGAAAAUUGUUAAUUAAAAGAAACAUUCACCAUAAAUUUUGAAGCUUAAGAAGCACUGGCGUCACGAAGAGGUCACAGUAAUUUAGUUAUCUGUGAUAUUAGGAAUUCGACCUGUGUCAUUGAGCGUGAUAAUGAAAGUGCAAAAAUAUUGUUUUAACAGACCCCAAGGGUCUGUCAAAACAAUGUACUCUGAAUGUAAAAGUUUAAGAAGCACUAGCGUCACAACGAAGUAUCAGUAAUCUAGUCAACUCUAGCGUUAGGAAUUCGACCUCCGUCUUUAUCAGUGAUUAUGAAGGCCCAGAAAUGUUGUUGACAGUCCCCAUGCCAAAUGAUUCAGUAAUUUCUCUCCUAAACAUGUUGCUGUGCACGCCCAGUAUUAUAGUAUAAGAUAAAUAAGGAGUACAGUCAUCGCACGUGUGGCUGAGGUCGACAAUUGGAGGGAAAUACUCAUUUGAAGUCUUUCAUGUUUCCAAGUUGUGUUCUCUGAGUUGAGAGUUAACGCAUCUCCCAGUUUGUUCAAUGUACUGACUGUCGCAGCUUAGUUGAAUUAAACCUUUCAUUCUUCGCACUUAACGAACUUUUUGGCAUGUUUAACGUUGCAUCCUCUGGGACUGUCGCUCUCAUUUACCUUUUUAUACCCCUGCUUAAGGCGCAUAUGACAGGAAAAAAACACACCCGCGUGGAACUUGGACGCGGUAGAUCUUAACUGGUGCGCGGAAUUGUGCAUGUAGUUAAUCAGAGCGAAACGACCUUUCUUAUUGGCAACACCGUGCGGAAGUUGUGGCCUGAGAAUGAAUCUCUCAGGGGUAGAACGGAGUAGGUCCGCAAGGGUAGUGCGAAGUAGGUCUGUUGUCAACAACCACAUUUCUGCACCUUCAUAAUCACUGACAAAGACAUAGGUCGAAUUCCUAACAUCAGAGAUGACUAGAUUACUGAUACCUCGUCGUGACGCCAGUGCUUAUUAAACUUUUAAAUUUAUUUUGAAUUUCCCUUUCCCUUAAUAAUUUUGUCAUUUCCUUCUGAGAGAAAGUUAAAAGCUUUAAAGGGAUGUUUUAUAUUCUGUUCCAUUCUUUGUUGUUGCUCAACGAAAGAAGUCCUGUUUUCCGUCCCUGCAAACUUGUUUUAUCUGUGCUCUUUCCUUUCAAGUUUCGUUCAUAGAGAUAUAUAUGUAAUACAACCUUAUUCCUUGAUUCAUGCGUUAAAGUGAUUUACUCUAAAACCCCAGCAUUAAUUAAGCUAAUUGAAAGAGGAUCUCCUUUAAUUAGCUUAGGUAAUCUGAAGGGCGGUUGUAGUUCGUACCGUGUCCAGAGGCAACGCAGUUUCCAUGACCAAUAAAGUACCAGCCUUUUCAAAGUGAGAAGGCGUGACUAUUGGCCGCUCUACUGCUUGACGUUUUGAUUAAGAGGAAACUAAUGAUUAAACUCCAGAGUACACUUUAGUGCAUAUUUUUUUUCCCGGGAGUUCUGAAUCUGUGCUAUAUGUUAUGAAUAAGUUCUUAUCAUCCGAGUUUCACUAGCCGAACCUUUUAUGACCAAAUCAGGUCAGGGACAUCAUAAAACGACAUGGUCGUAAGCCCCUAAAGGACACUAACCAGAUUUGCAUCAGAUAUUUUGUACCAAAUACUUUUCAAUUUGUGAAGCGGCCAUAUCGCUAAAGUGGGACUCGGUCACCAACAAACCUUUUAGUGUCACGUAUUCCAUCAGAGCGGGUUGAACAGUUGCGUAGUUAUUUAUACCCUGCUCUAAGGCACAAUCGGCAAACACUGCAGGAGUGUUUGUUUUGUCAACAGUUUUCUUGUUAGCCUUGGAACCUUAAAGUCUUCAUUUAUGAUUAAUUAAUGUGACCUUGUCCCCGAACGCUCGUUUACGCAUUACAUUAAAAGCAGCUGUAUUACAUUGCGUACUUUUCCGAAAGGGUAAUUUACGCAAAGCCUUGAAGGCGUAAUCUGUGGUAGCACAGGAAAAAAAGGAUGAAUCAAGACGAUGUUCGCGUACAACCACGCACAACCGUAUGGUAAAAUAAAAAUCUACUCUAGAGAAGUUCCUUCUAAAGUACUGUGACAAGAGGGUAAAAUAGUUGUAAGCGCGCAUGGAAGCAAUUUAUUCGUACACAUGUUGUUUAUGUGCGGCCCAUUCAUGGGCAAAUUUGAUGACCGUUUCAAUUCCAUUCUUGCAACAGUUUUUGUCAUACUCUGUAUAAAUUAAUAAUGUAAAAUGACAAUGUACGAAGUGUAAGUGUAUAUUGAAUGUUUAUCUGAGGUAUGGCUGUUUUGUAUUCAAACAUUGCAGAGCAUUGAAAACAGGUAGACCUAAAUUUAUGCGUGACCAUUGAUUUGUUUUUGUUUAUCCGUAAAAUGUUUCGUAGUGCUGUCUGCUAUAUUAUUAUCCGUUUAUGCUUUGUAACACUGCCAUAAGGAACAUACCGAAACAUUGUCCUACUCAUUCUAGAUAUUAUGCAAUGUGCUCUCUCAUGUUGCGGAGUCUUUUCUGCGCUAAAAGUUUUUCUUUUUUGAAGAAAUGUGAUGUCUUUCUUUUUUCAUACGCGGCCCUUGAGUGAGCCUACUGCAAAAUAUUGUAAUUCGAACCCGUUCCAACUAAAACAAAUGUAAAUAGGUUUUAUAAAAAAACAAAGUCUUGUCAUAAAACUACGGUUUUCCCGAUAUUAUUAUGAUUAUGAUUUGCCUUAGACUUCCGCCGUAAUGAAUAAAAGUAAUCAAACUGCUUG